AUGGACAUUAAAUCAAAGUUCUUGCAAGGUGUUUUAGAAGAAGAGGCUUUAUAUGGAUUAAAACAAGCUCCAAGAGCUUCGUAUUGUCGAAUUGAUGCAUUCUUCCAAGAGUAUGGGUUUCACAAAUGCCCAUAUAAGCAUACUCUUAUACCAAGAAGAACUCUCAGGAUAAUUAUGUCACAAAGAUUUGAAAUGACAGACCUUGGUUUGCUUCAUUUCUUUCUUGGAAUUGAAGUCAAUCAAAAUGAGACUGGUAUCUACACUUCUCAAAAGAAAUAUGCAAAUGAAUUGUUGAAAAGGUUCAGGCUUGAAAAUGCAAGGUCAAUUGCUACUCCAAUGGAGCUUGUAAGCUUCCUCAGCCGCUUCAUGGAAUCACCAAAAGAUGUUCAUUGGGAACUUGGAAAAAGAAUCCUAAGAUAUGUGGUUGGAACUGUCAAUUAUGGUUGGCAUUAUUAUCCAGUUCAAAAUCUAAAUCUAACUGGCUACAGUGACAGUGACUUGGGUGGAGAUGCUGAUACUUGCAAAAGCACAUCUGGUUGUCUUUAG